AUGUACAGGGCGAUUAAAUUGAGCAUCUGGGUACUGACAGGUCUGUUGGCCAUCACCACCGUCUUCUUUAAUGUCUACAUCUUCCUGAUGAGUCUGUGGAACUACAAGCAGAAGAAGAAGAGGAGUCCCAGUGAAACCAUCAUCCUGGCUCUGUCGGUGGCCGACGUGGCUCACCAGCUGGUCUGCUACUUCUGGAUGACCAUGGAUGAGGUGGACAGUAAGUGCCGCAUCAGCGAGAUGCCCUACACCAUCAUGCUGCUGUUGAUCUACAGCCUCAAGUUCACCAUCAUGUGGGACACCAGCUUUCUCACUUUUUACUACAGCACCAAGCUGGUGAACACGCCCAAUCGCUGCUACACACAGAUCCAAGACGCCAUCCUCAAGCACGUGACCUUAGUCGUUUGCCUCGUCCCUCUGUGCGGCCUGGGCACCUGCAUGCCGAUGCUCGUGGUGUUUCACUCUGAAAACAUCACGGCAGCUAACAAAGACUGCGGGGUUUUAACGCCAAGUACCCAACUUGGCAAGUUCUACGAAACCAUUUAUCUGCUUCUCGCUGAUGUGCUGCCCGGGGUGCUGAUGGUGAAAUGCUGCUUCUCCAUCUCUGUCCACCUGGCCACCCAUCUCCGCCAGAUGAAAGUCAGCAGCAACGGAGCCCACGGGCCAAAGCUGGGCUCUCAGAUGAGGGUGAUCCGGAUGGCUUUAUCUCUGGUGGCCGUCUUCAUCCUCUUCCUUGUGAUCGACCUGUACGUCAACUACCAGAUAUCGGUGAACCACGAGAACAUCCUGACGCUCACGUUCUUCUUCACGUCCAUCUACACGACGGUCACCGCCGUGGUGCUGAUCUACGGGAAGAAGACGUUCUGGAAAGCUCUGCUGCACGAGUUUAACGUCUUCCUGGACGAAUAUCCGUGUUUGUCUCGUCUGAAGGUGCCUGAACAAAAAUCUAAAGCAACCACUCCUGCAAAAGUUCAAACCUGA